AUGGAUGCGGAUGAUUCGAGAAUGCCAUUGUCUGAAGACACUAAAACGCCACAAGUUUAUAAAUUAGAAAUCAAAGAAUCGAGUUAUGAAGGAAUACAGGCAACCUUUUCACCAAAAUUUGAUGAAAAUGGAAUAAAAAGAGAUGAAAAAAUGAUCGGACUUACAAAAAAUGAACUAGAACAAUAUUGCAAUGACCCAUUUUGGAAGGUAGUUAGGUGCACAAUGUUUCUGCUUUUCUGGGUGGUAUGGCUUUUAAUGUUUAUAGCUGCUGUGCUACUUAUUGUGUUUAGUCCAAAAUGCGCAACGAUAAAAGAACCGGAAUGGUGGCGUAAGCAAGUUAGCUAUCAGAUAUUUACACCUUCCUUUCGUGACUCCAAUGAUGAUGGAAUUGGUGAUUUUAAUGGAAUCCGAGAAAAACUUAAUGAUUUACGGAAGACUGGUAUAAAAACAAUUUGGGUGACACCUAUAAUAACCAUUCAAAAGGAUGAUUUCAUCCCUCUCGAUGUGAUUGAUUUCACAAGUGUUGAUGAACGUUUCGGUACAAUGAAUGAUUUAAAAUUGUUGAUAGAUGCAACACAUGAACUAGAUAUGCACUUUACCAUGGAUUUGCCCAUAUCAACAACAUCUGCAUCACAUAAAUGGUUCAAAUCAGCAAAAGCGGGUGGCGAUUACGUUGGUUAUUACAUUUGGAAGGAGGCACUGGAUGUAAAAGAUAACCCAAAUUAUAUUGUUGAAGAGGGCAAAAAGGAUGCUUAUCUAGCUUAUGACGGGAAAGACCCAAUACUAGACUGGAGUAAUCCUGCGGUAAAGAAAAGUAUCUUUGAGGUUGCAAAAAGUUUUAUUGACAUGGGAGUUGAUGGUUUCCAUGUGGAUCGUAUUGGCGAAUUAAUCAAAUAUCUACCAAAAUCAGAGGGAUAUGUGGCACUAUCAAUGAUCAAUGAUUUCAUCGGAAAUAUACGAGAUUAUGCGAAUAGUACUGAAACACCCAGUAGUCGAGAAAUCGCUGUGUUUUCAUCUUUGAGUGACUUCACCAAACUACAAGAAUCUGAUGGUCUCAAUCUGUCGAACCUCGCAUAUGUUAUCGAUGAUUCAGUCACCAAACUAAAUAAUGAAUCAUGUCCAAAUGGAAUAGCACAAUGCUUACACUCUACACUUAUUACAUCUUUCAAAUGGUUCAAUACUACACAUCUUCCACACGCGUGGCAGUUCACGAAUUACCACGUUUCUCGUCUCAGUACGAGAUUCGACAAAGCAACAGCAACUUUACUGAGCUUUGUGCAGCUUUCAUUGCCAGGUAUUAUUGAAAUGUAUUACGGACAAGAACUAAGUCUUGAAGAUAGUACUGGUCCUGAAAACAAAUUUACUGGUUUGAUGCAAUGGAAUAGCAGCGAAUACCGCGGUUUCACAGCUGGCAGCCAGAAAUCAUUCUUUUCUACCAUGCUUAAUUACAAUGAGGACAAUUUUCAGACUCAAUCUACUGGUUAUCGCUCACCAUUGAAAACACUGAAAGCGGUGGCAAAAAUGCACCAUCGUGAUUACAAUUUUGCACUUGGCGAAACUCAAUUAGCACCACUUACUCAAGAUGUUAUCUUAUUCGGUCGAUUCUAUCAAUCCACUAAUAGUUUUAAUGGAGCGGCCUACCUGAUUGGCGCAAACUUUGGGACAUCCGACGUUGAAAUAGACGGAAUGUCUGUACUGCCGGAUAAUUAUAUGGCAGCUACAGCGGAAAUCGCUAUCGUAACUCCAAACGUUGACAAAUACUUACCUAGGGACAAAAUAUCAUCGUUUGAUAAAAUUGUUCUUGGCCCUAAACAGGGAGUUAUUAUCAAAGUUCAGUGA